AUUUCCCGCCUCCUUUUGCUUCUACUAAAAUGAAUCGGGAGGAGGGGUGAAAAGAAUGUUUUGGAUCGAACGUUCAUGGAAUAUUCCAUUCGAUUUCAUUCUUUUUUUUUUGUGUUUUUUGUUUUCAAUUUUUCACGGGAUUUUUUCGGGUUUUUUCGGAUUCAAAAAGCAAAUCAUCAAGCAAAUAUGGAUUCCAUGAACGAUAAUAAUGUUGGUAAAGAUGGCGAUGCUGAUAAUGAAAAAUCGGGAAUAAAAAAUGUCAACGAAAUCAAACAAUGGAUAUCAUUACGUUUGGAACAAUUGGAAGAAAAAAAUCAAUUACUGAAAGAAGAAAAUAAAAAAGUAAAUGAAGAAUUAUUAAAAUUACGUGAACGUUAUGUAAUGAAAAAAUCUUAUACACCUGAACCACAACGUCGUCAUCAUCGUCGUUAUCAUCAACAAACAACAAUGAAUAAAUAUCAACAACAACAACAAAAUCAUCCUUCUAAUAAUCGAUAUUAUUUGAAAAAACAAAAUUUUUCAACAUUAUCAUCAUCGACGUCAUCGUCGUCGACAUCUUCCUCGUCGUCUUCGUCAUCAUCAUCGGAUGAUGAUGAUAAUAUUCUAUUAUCAUCUGGAUUGAGUAGACGAAAAACUCAACAACAACAACAACAAAAAAUGAAUAAAUAUCGAUCGAAAAAUCAUCAUCGACGACAAAAUCGAUCAACAACAACAACAAAAAAAUCUACAAUAACUACGAUGAAUAAUAAUAAUGACAACAACAAUAAUAAUAAUAAACAAAAUCAUUUCAAUGUUGUUACAUUGGAUCAUCAUAAUCAAAAAAUUAAUUCCAAAAAUAUUGAUGGCCAUGAUUAUCCUCAAAAUGUCGAUGUUGAUGAUGAUAUUGAAAGGAAAAAACCACCCACACCACCAUUACAUCGUUUACCAUCUUGGGAAUCACGUAUAUAUGAAAUAGCUCAAAAUGGUAUUAUACAAAGUACAUUAUCAACACCAAUCAAUUAUGUAACAAAAUUUAAACAACAACAAGAUUUUGAAAAAAGAAAUCAUCAACAACAUCAUCAUUAUAUUAAUAAUAAUUAUCAUUAUAACAACAACAACAACAACGAAAAUCGACAAAAUUCAAAUGAAAAUUGUUAUGAUUCAAUUCGUUUUGUUGAUGAUGAUGUUGAUGAGACAAAUCUUUCAACCGAAGCGAUCAUAAGUCAACGACAAAAACAACAACAACAACAAAACCAAUUUCAGCUACAACCGAAAACAAAUUCAUCAUUCGACAACGAUGAUAUAAUAAUGUCUAGAGAAAUAAUUAUUAAUAAUAAUAACGGAAGUAAAAAUGAAAUUCAUCCAUUUCAGUUACCGAAAACGACAGCUACAGCGACAACAACAUUCAUCAACAGACAACAACGACAACAACAACAACAUCGAUCGACAGUAAGUAAUGUGACCACAUCAAGUGGAAAUGAAACCGAUUCAACGAUGACUCCAACGAUUAUGGCUAUGGCUACAACAAAUGAAUUGUUAUUGUUGAAAUCAUCAUCAUCAUCGUCGACAACAACGUCGACGACGACGACGACCACAGCAACAAAACCGACACUAUUGCGAAAAAAUCAUCACAUUUUUAAUGAUCAUUCACAUGAAACAAAUUCAACAACAGCACGGGCAACAACUUUGACAACAUUCGAUAGUGAUGUUGGUGGUGGCGAUGAACAUCAUUAUCAUUUUCUUGAAGAUUCAUUUGAAAAAUUGAAAAUUGCCACAAAUCUAACACCACAACAACAACAACGAGAACGAGAACAACAAUCUUUGUUUGGCCCGUUAUCAUCAUCAACAACUUUGAAUGACAAUAAACUUGAAAAAUCAGGCUAUCUAUACAAAUUGUCCGGAAAAUUUAAAGUUUGGAAAAAACGUUGGUUCAUAUUGAAAGAUGGAACAUUUUAUUAUUUUAAAUAUAAAAAUGAUAAUGGCCUAGAUAAUAAUAAUAAUAAUAACAAUGAUAAUACGAUGACAACAAAAAAGAUAAAAAAGACAAAACCAAAAAGAACGAUUGUAUUGGAUCAAAAUUGUUCAUUGAUUCGAUCAAAAGAUCUUCGAUUUCAUUUAUCAUAUCAACAAGGUAAACGAACAAUACAUUUAGCUGCCGAUACAAAUGAUUCAUACAAUGAAUGGUUACGUUUGAUUGGUCAAACAUUAACAAUGAAUAAUAUAUUAAAAUUACAGGAUAAUCAAGUACCAAUUAUUGAAAAUUAUCUAAUCAAAGUUAGAUUUGGACAUUCAAUCAAAUGUUGGACAGCAUUAUAUAAUAAUCAUCUUGUAUAUUUUAAUAAUCCAUUUGAAAAAAUACCAAUCGGUUAUACAAGUUUAAAAGAUUGUGAUAUACAAGAGAUACAAAUUCCUGAUGGUGAUGAUAAUCUAUUAAUAUAUGAUGAUAUUUUAAAAAAACAAAUUCAUUAUUCAUUAUCGAUUCAUCCGAAAAACAAUAAUAAUGAUAAUAAUGAACCAAUUUAUUUGGUUUUUAUUAGUAAACAAGAUUUUAGUCUUUGGUAUUAUCAUCUAAAAUUAGCAUUCGAUUCAAAUAAUAUACCGAAAACUUCAUUUGAAAAUCUUCUUAUUACAUUAUUGAACCUGGAAUCAAAUUGUAAUUCAAAAGAAGAAUUUUAUUCACAUGAUAUAUGGAAUAAUUCAUUGUUAACAUUUACAAAUGAUGAUAAUAUUCAAGAAUCAUUAAUUUCAUUAUAUGAUUUGGAUUUAAAACGUGAAGCAUUAAAACUAUUUCGAUCUAUACAAUUAUUCAUACAAGUACCAAUAGAAUCGAAUGCAAUUGAUUAUCAUAUAACAUUAAUACAAAAUUGUUUACAAGUUUGUUUGGAUCAUCCAGAAUUACAAGCAGAACUUUAUUAUCAAUUAAUUAAACAAAGUUCACCAAUAAAUUAUCGAUCAUCAUCAUCAUCAUCAUUUAUUGUUCAUCGUAGUCAAUCAACAAAUAAUAAUAAUAAUCAGACAAAAACAUUUUGGUGUUCACCACAUUCAUUAUUUAAAUGUAAUAAUAAUGAUAUUCGUUCACCACCGGAACCAAUACCAAAAUCACCAUCAUCACAAAAAGAUUCAUCAUUAUUUUUACAAUGCUUACAAUUUUUAUCGGCAACUAUUUCAUUGUUUUUACCACAAAAUCAAGUUCUUUGGUUACUUAAACAUCAUAUAAAUCGAUUUAAAAAUGAAUCAACUGAAUUGGGAAAAUAUUUUCUUUAUUGUGAACGAGCAUUAGGACGAACAUUGAUGAAUGGACCAAGAAGACGAAUUCCAUCACGAAUGGAAGUACUGUCUAUUAUUCAACGUAAUCCUUAUCAACAUUCAAUGCCACAUUCAAUACCGGUACAUUUUGCUAAUAAUUCUUAUCAGGUUAUUGGAUUUGAUGGUUCAACAACCGUUGCUGAAUUUAUUCGACAAAUUAAUUCUGAAUCCGGUAUUCGUGAUAAUAUUUAUUCUGGAUUUGCAUUAUACAGUGAUGAUCCAAUUGAAAAAGAUGUUGAACAUUUAUUGGAUCCAUCGGAAAAACUUGCUGAUGCAAUUUCAAAUUGGGAAACAACAAUGCGUAAAUAUAAUCUGGGAAAAUUUGAACCAACAAAAAUCAUUAAACUUACCUAUAAACAUCGUCUUUGUUUACGACAACAUUUCAAAAAUGAAACGGACAAAGAACGAUUAAUAUGGAUCUAUGAAAUAAACAAUGAAGUAAUCAACAAUCGUUUCCCAGUGACAUAUGAUUUAGCAAUCGAAUUGAUGUCGUUAAUGAUACAAAUCGAAUAUGGUAAUCAUCGAAAUUAUGACAACAACAAGAACAACAAUGUCGAUCAAAUUUUGAAACAGUCAACGAUACGAUUUUUGUCCGAAAAAUUUCACAACAAAAAUGGUCUGAAUGAAAUCGUGACACAACGAUGGAAUGAACUAUGUGAUCGAUCAUUAUUAGAUUGUGUACGAAUUUAUUUAAAUUGUACACGGAAAUGGAAUCUAUGUGGAUGUCAAUUAUUUCAGGCAAAUAUUUUUAAUUGUCUAAAAUAUGAUGAUCUGGCAAGUCUUUAUUUGUAUAAAUUUUUUCGUAAUCAUUCAAUGAUUUGGAUUGCAAUUGAUGAAGAUUUUAUUGAAUUAUUGGAAUAUGAAUCAUUUCAUUCAAUAUUAAAAAUAUCCUAUCGAAAUGUAUUGAAUUAUGGUUAUUUUAAAUCCUAUUUUACAUUAACUAUUGAUCAAAAUUGCCUAAAUGAAUUAUUAUCAAUGGAAACAUUAAAAUCGGAUAAUCAAAUAUUUCGUCAACAAAUGUUGAAUAAAAAUGGACAUCCAUUAUUUUUUCAAUUAUCCGAACAGAAAAUUAUUCAAAUUACCGCUUUAAUAUCGGAUUAUAUUGAAAUGAAAAAACAACAACAGCAGCAACAAUUGAUUAUCGAUAGUGAUUAUGGCCAUAUUAAUUGA